AUGAAAAAUUAUACUGAACUUCCUGUGGGAGAAUACGCCAAAACGAACAAUGUUGAUAUCCUUAGAGCAGAAGUAUCGAGUGAUAUUGUGGACUUGUUGAGCUCAAAUACGUUCAAUUUGGUAAUUGCUGUUUCUUAUGGAAAGCUAAUCCCCGCUGAGUUCAUCACAAGGUGUAAGUAUGGCGGUAUAAAUGUGCACCCAUCCUUAUUGCCCAGGUACUCGGGAUCUUCCCCCUUGCAAUAUGCAUUGUUGAAUGAUGAUCUUGAAACCGGCGUAACAGUACAAACAUUGCAUCCGACUAAAUUUGACCAUGGUAGUAUUAUAGCUCAAUCAAGCGCGGUACCGAUCUUGGAUUCGGAUAAUUACAGUAGUUUAGCUUCUAAACUAGGGGAUAUUGGAGGAGAGAUUUUGGCAAAAGUUAUUGAGGAUGGUUCCUUUGUUGAUAUCAAACCAUUGACUAAUUCUUAUACUAGGUGUUUUGCCCCAAAAAUUGAUAAACAAGAACGCCAGGCAUUAUGGUCGCAUUACUCGGCAAGGCAACUCAAGAGAAGAUACGAUGCAUUGGGUCCCCUUUUUACCUUUAUGGAUGUGAAUGUGAAGCGAAAGGGUAAACGCAUAACUGAGAAGCAGCGAAUAAUUUUGAAUGAAAUCAGUGAAUUAAAGGACACAAAUGAGCUCGACCUUGCCCUUAAUCUUGAUGAGUUAAAGGAAUGUGGAGAUUUUUCACUAGUUAAAGAUGGGUUGUGUAUAAAAGCAAAAGAAGGCUACGUGCUUGCCAAGAGAGUGCAAAUGCAAACAAAAGCAGAGGAUACUCCAGAGGCUUUCAUAGGAACGUGCCGUAAGUCAAAUGGGUCUACGCGUCAACAUUUUUUACCAAAGUGA